CUUCAGGAGAGGAAGUGUACUGUACUUUGCUCAGCAGGGAGGGGCUAGCUGUGUACUUUCCACACUAACUAUAAGCUUAAUAACUGUUAGUGUGCUAAUAAUUACGCUUUAGGACGCGUAUCAUCCACAUUAUGUAGCUUUAAGAACAAAAACAGCGCGUUUAUUCGGGAUAAUUUCGCUUUACCGUCGGCAGGGAAGGUGUCUAACAUCAAAACGGAACAAGAAAACUCCGGAUCUCCUCGAACAGCAUCUGUUCUCCCUGGGCCUGCAUACAGUUGUCAGUGAUCCUCCGAAGGCCCUUAGCAACAACCUCCCUGUUGUUGUUUGUUUUAUUUUCCCCGUCUCCUUCAUCUGCUUCAUCGUCUGCUGCACCAAAGCUAAACCCAAGCUGACCAUGUCGCUGGCCUUGAAGCAAGUCUUCAACAAAGACAGAACGUUCCGGCCCAAGCGGAAGUUUGAGCCGGGGACUCAGCGCUUCGAGCUGCACAAGAAAGCUCAGGCGUCCCUGAACGCCGGCCUGGACCUGAAGUUGGCCGUCCAGCUGCCGCACGGCGAGGACCUGAACGACUGGGUGGCCGUGCAUGUUGUCGACUUCUUCAACCGCAUCAACCUCAUCUACGGCACCAUCAGUGACUCCUGCACGGACCAGAGCUGCCCCGUCAUGUCCGGCGGGCCCAAGUACGAGUACCGCUGGCAGGACGAGCACAAAUACAAGCGGCCCACGGCGCUGCCCGCCCCUAAGUACAUGAGUCUGCUGAUGGACUGGAUCGAGGUACAGAUCAACAACGAGCACAUCUUCCCCACCAAUGUUGGUACUCCCUUCCCUAAGACCUUCAUGCAGGUAGCCAAGAAGAUCCUGUCCCGCCUGUUCCGCGUCUUCGUGCACGUGUACAUCCACCACUUCGACCGCGUCAGCCACAUGGGGGCAGAAGCGCAUGUCAACACCUGUUACAAGCAUUUCUACUACUUUGUUACUGAAUUCAGUCUCACAGACCACAAGGAGCUGGAGCCACUGAAAGAGAUGACGGCGAGGAUGUGCCACUGAACAGAAGGAGCAGUUUUGGAAUGUGUUGGUUACAUUCCAGACUGAUCAGCUGGACCAUGAAAAUCAAUGAUUUAAAAAAAAAGAAUAAUGUAAAAAAAAAAAAAAAAAAGCAAAGAGAACCAAAUUUUCCAAAGACUUUAUUUUUAUACACUUGAAUGUUGUAUUUAGCGAUGUUGUAUUUAGUCUUUCAAUUUCAAAAGCUCUCUUCAGUGCUUUGGGGGAUUUUUUACUAGAUACCAGUAUUAGAAGUCCCACAUUAAUUCCUAAUCAUUCCUGUACUCUUGUGUCUUUUUUUGCUGUUUUUAUUUUUUCUUUUGUCAUCUUAAGCAUACAGAUUAUAUUUGUGGAUAUUUAUGUAUGUGUUGGAGACAUUAAAAUAUAUUCUGACAGAA